AUGGCGCUCAAAAGACGCCCCCGAUACGAAGACACCGGAGCAAGAAAAUGUAGAAAAAUGUUACAUGCCAAGGUGGAACACGAAUAUGCGAAGCUACGGACCAUCUCACGCUUACGCGACAGUGCAGACAGGGAAAAAUUUAGUUUGGAUAAACGAGGAGACGUGAUGGGAGUAGAAGCACCUCAAAAUCAAGAAAAGUUUCAUGAAGGAUCACCAGCUGCAGAUGUGCGUGACGAAGUGCUACGAACGAUGCGAUGCGGCGCUGAGCGACCACCACCGACGGUGGGAGUGGCUGUGAAACAGCAGGGAGAGCAUGUGUAUCGGCGAGAAAAGUUGGAAUUCGCACGCUCGCCGUCUCCCAUUUGUUUUUUGUUUGCGUGGGAACGCGGCUCGUUCAUUGUCGUCAGAAACGAGCGUGGGAACCGGUCAGACGCGGCGACGACGGCUGCAGCAGAGCGUGCGCUGCCGUCAACGGCGGCGCCGCUGAGCGACGAGCAACGGGGUCGUCCCCGUCGUCGUCGGUGCCGAUUGCUGUGA